AUGAUCAACAAAGAUGUUGACCCACUGCAUGUGCCAAGCAGAGUUGCAAUAAAGAUUAGCAUGAGGCUCAGGCUGACUAUCUGGAGGCACGGCCUACCACCAGCCUCUAUUCUAUGGAGCUUAGCGCCUCCUCUUGUGACAGGUGCAAGCUACACAAUAUCGCAGCUACUAGAGCAAGUGAACGAGUCAAUACCUUUAGAAGCUGGUGACUGGGGCCUCGAAGACUAUACAGUGGAGGUCGAAGGAUUUGAAUGCCUUCAUUAUGCUGACGUCUCGCACCUACUCAAAGACGACGAUAACGUACACAUUCGGCCACUGCAAACUACGGAUCUAAGGGUGAGGAAAGUCUCUGGGCGUCAUCAAAUCACAGAAGACGGCAAGCAUUUGAUUGACGGCGUGCCUUUUGGGCGACCGCUGCUUCGUCGGCCUAAUCGACCCACUAUACACAUACCUCCAAGAAAACGAAGGCGAUUAGUCCACGAAGAAAACACGCUAGAUGCGACAGACGGCCAAACAAGCAGUCAGCAACUCCUCAUCCAAUCAGGCCUAGAGAACGGAGAUAACAAAGAUGGAGAUGCAGAUGAAGACGAGGAGGACUUCCCAUCGCAGGAUGAGGAGGGUCUAGAUGAUGAGUUGCAGCAUCUACGUGCUGACAGUACAGAAUGUGGUUUGGCUGCAGAUCUUGUAGACAGUCGGUCACUAUCGCGAAGGCGAACAAGAUCAGCCACCCUACUAGAUGGGCUUGGACUAUUGCCCCUAGCGGACGCAGAUGGCACAUCGUUCUCUAGACUUUACCACAAUCCCUUACUAGACAAGUACGAAAAAUCUAGCGCAAGCAACCGCCCUUCAAAUCUACAAGUCCGAAAGCGGGGUCACUCGAAAGACACCCAAUUCUCCAGGGGGGCUAUGAGAGGCAACUCGCAAGAUUCGUCGGCAUCAGUAUCACCAGAAGCUAUACGAAGACGUGAGUCGCUAGGCAGCAGUAAAAGCGUGAGAUUCGACGACGGCGGUGGAGAGACGCCUGCUACGGAGCGAUUAGAUGAAAACUCGGAUGAUGAAAAUGAUAGCGAUUUCAGUCCUGACCAAUCCAACAAAUCCAUAGACGAAUCUGACAAAGAGAAUGCACCUCCACACUUGGAGAGCGAAAAAGUGGGAGACAAAGCUCUCGACCCGCCAAAUAUAAGCUCUUCAGGCUCCUCAGAUGUCCAUCCCUCUGACAGUGAUUACACCUCUUCGUCUGGCACAUCCUCUGAUGACGAGAGUACAGACUCAGAACAGAAUGAGCUGUGUCAUGGUAUUCCAGAGAGUCAGGGAGCGUUCUCUGACUCUCCAUCAUCAUCAGAACCGGCUUCGGAUUCGGAGAGCGACAACUCAUCUAAGCAUGACCUACGGAUUGAUGAGUCAGAUGCCGACUCCACGUCGACCUCAUCAUCUAGCGAUACCGGUUCAAAUUGUAGCCCGCACAAAGAUAGAACCGAGGAGGAAAUUUCUCCUAAUACUUCUUUUGACGAAGUUCAAAGCACUAGGCUUGAAAGGAGCCCGCAGCCCGAAGUUCUUCCAUAUACAGGCAAGAAAACUACGCAAAACAGGAAUUGGAGGCGUCAAAGGGGAGCGUUGAGGAAGAAACUAAUUUCGCAAGGGGUUCUCCCUACAGACGCAACCCUUCAGCAGGUGGAGCAAUGGAAAAGGUCGCAGGAUGCUAAUCCCACGCAAAAGCGAUCGGAUGAUGUACAGCGAGACGAUUUGGACAUUGAGGCAAAGCGAAAGGCUUUACUGAAAUCAAUUGAGUCUGACGACGGGGAAGCAGAUGGCGACCAGAAACGUGGACAUACUGCGUCGGUAUUGCCAGAAGACGAAUCAUUCACACUGCUUGGCGAUGACAUGCAAUCUGCAGGUAAACUUGAGACCACUGUUGGACAGUCCAAUACUUCACAUCAGGUUAAGCAAUCAACUGACCCAGCUAUCGUGCAAGUACCAGAUUCGCUUAAGGACGCAAGAGAAUCAAGUCAUAGUGAUCAGCAAAAUGUCCCCCCAAAGCCUGAAGACCAAGUGGGUACCUCGGCGUCUCCUCCGGAAGCCAGUCGUGUUGUUGACUCUGCAAAUGCGACGAAUCAAUCUGCUCAGAGCCCCAAGGCGCGACGAUCGAAGCUCGACUUAGCAAGUUCAAGGCGCUUUCUUUUUGGCUCUCUGGGUGUCAGAGCUCCGAGAAACCGGAAAGAAGAAUCAGAUGUAGAGGCUAAAUUGAUGAGUGGUGUCAAAUACAAUGCACCAGCAGGCAAUAGGACUCAAUCUGAACAAACAGGUCUUACGACAUCAGACGUCCAAGAUGAAAGUUGGAGGGAUAAAAUCGAGCUGCGGGCUGUCGAAUGCUGCUACGAUGGUAUUGAGCUUAGUACGCCGCCGUUUCCAUUCGUACAGCGCUGGGACCCUCAGCAACAGCGCAAUUAUGGAAUGGCAAGCUCUAAGAGAAAAGCGAAAAAACGAAAGCGCAAUAACGACAACUAUUACGAGAAUCACUACGAUGAUAGCUAUAAUGAAUAUGCGGACACCAAGUCACCUAGACGACAGGAUUUCGAACCAGCGACGACUGAACCACAAUUCGAAGACGGAGAUCAAGAAGAAUUCCACGCAGAGGGUAGUCUAGCAAACAACGGUCAAGAUGCCCAAGCUGCAAAUGAACAGCUUCUACGAGAAUCUCUGGAUAGCUUCGAAACAUCUUCGGGAGAACCAAAUGAGUCAGACCUUCCCUCGCUACCUAGUGACCUAUCGAGUUAUCAGACAUUGACAAAAGAAGCCUGUAAGUUUGGUAACAUCAUUGCUUUCAAGAAGCUUGAAAUGAGCCUUGAGAAUGGCUGGCAGCCCAAAAUAUCGGACCACCGUGUGGCUAAGAUCGAAAAAUUGCACGAAGACGGCAUGGUCGAAUUACGGUGGGCUACGCGCGAUUUAUCGAAGCAGAGCAGGCGCUACAAUAACGAGACAGGUGAGAGAAUCUAUGGCAGAUUUGAAAUGCCCGGUUAUGAUGACGAGUACGAGCAUGUUGACCCUUCAAAAGACUGCAUUGAUUUUGCUGAAAUGAUUGAGCCUCUGCUCAUUAAAGCUGCUAAGGUAGAUCAAAGUGCCCAAGCCAGAGAGGAUACGGUACCUGAGAGUCUCCAACUCAGCUCGCAUGAAGUAGAUGAAGUGGAUGCUUACGAAAACACUCCGAAAGCAGCAAGUUCACAACAGAGCCAAAACUCAAAAGGAUCUUCUCCAUUUCCCAGUCACUCUGAUGAGAUCCUGAAGGAGCCAGUCGGUCAUGACCUGGACUUAAUCGAGAGUGGAGAAAACGGCAAUACUCCGUCACGCAGAGAUAGCGAACAAAGUCUUCUGGCAAAGCCAGUUGACAACUCUUUGUCUUCGAUUUCUCCUCAGCCACUGCGAGCCACCCAACUGAUUCGCGAGGCAAUUUCGAGGGCGCACGUCGCAGAUGCAGAUUCUCCAACAGAGGUGCCAAGCACACAGACGCGCAAUGAUAUCUCCAAAAUGUUCAGAGAUGCACACUGGCGUUCAAGCAUUGGUUCCGACAUUCAAAGGCCACUUGACUUACCGCAAAACCCGUCUAUUGUUGCUGAAGAUCAAGGUUAUGAAAAAUCUAUGGACGUCGAUCAGUCGCCUAAUCUUCCAAAAUCUUCGCAUUCUAGUGUUCAAGACAAUGAUAUGCGCUCUUCAGUCACGCCGGCGACAGAGGAGUCCAUUCUCGUAGAGACUAGUAUUUUACUGAGCUCAUCGAUUGAGAAGCGUGCAAACGAAAAUGACACGACAGUAGAUCUUAAAACUGACGACAGCGUUGGCUACCCAGCUUUGCCACACCCCGACGAGGAGAGCGAGCUGCUUGCGAGUGACAGACAGCAUAGGUCCGUUUCAUUUGUGGACACCAAUUCCCAAAGAUCGCCAUCCAUGAUUUCUCCACCUUCGUUGCGCGGACGAGCAAAGCAGACGAGUCCAAGCCCGAUGCAAUCCCAGAAACCACUGUUUCAGAAAUCUCAUAUCAACGGAGCGUUUGAUGGCACUGCAGAAUCAUCAUCGGACGAAUUGCCAACCCUGUUCUCUCAGAAAUUUGAAGAUCGCCUGUCUCAAGGUCCUUUUUUCAAGCCUGAGUCGCCUGAGGACAAUCGGUCCUCAUCCGCCCUGAAACGUAUUCCAAAAGCUAAGAGCCGAAAGACUGGCGUAGCUGGCUCCUCCCAGCGACUUGAGAAGACUAAAAGGACGUCCGAGUCCCAAUCAAACGCUGACAGCAGUUUUGGAUGCCUUCGACAGUCUCGGAUACCAGAAUCUUCGCAGGUUGUUGAUUUGACAAUCUCAAGUGAUCCAAUGGAGCAAAUAGAGGACAUGAUGGAGCAGAAUGACGUCAGCCACAAGCCCAGCAGUAGCAUGCCGACUGGCUCCGGUUGGGUGGAAAAGAGGAAAAAGAACAGGGCUUUGCAAAAGGUGGGGACAGAGAGGAGGAAGUCUAAGGUUUGA